CCCCGCUGCAGACUGUGGGCGCCCGGGAGCCAGCUUGGAGCGAGCCGGCCGCGGAGCAUGGAGCGGGCAGCGCCCUGAGCCCCUUCCCCGGCGGCAGCAUGAGCUUUUCGCGGCCCCUGCGGCGCUCCGUGAGCCUGAGCCAAGGCCGGACCCUGCGGCUGGUGGUGCUGGGACAGGGCGCCGUGGGCAAAACAGCUCUAACUGUGAGAUUCAUCACCAAGAGAUUCAUUGGGGAUUAUGACCCUACUCUAGAAAUGAUUUACAGACACACGGCUGUCAUCGAUGGGGAGAUGGUGCACUUUGAGAUUCUCGACACAGCAGGACAGGAGGAAGACUCCUUGCAGAUCGAGGAGAAGAUCAAGUGGGGCGACGGCUUUGCCGUGGUAUACUCUGUGACUGACCGGUGCAGUUUCGACGAGGUCAUGAGGCUGUGCUUCCUCAUCAACCACAUCCACUCGAGCCCCAAGCGGAGCGGUGGGAGUGACCAGCCACCCGUGGUGAUUGUUGGCAACAAGAAGGACCUGCAGUUUGACCGGAUGGUGUCUUGUGAGGAUGGUGAGAACCUCUCCAAAGCCCUGAAGCUUCCUUUUUAUGAGAUCUCCACCAGGGACAGCUAUGAAGAGACCGUGGUGGUGUUCAACACCCUGUAUAAUGAGCUGAUGAGACAGGGGCACUUCUCCCCAGGCUCCUUCAAGAGGAGGACCGUGUCUAAGCUGAUGGAAAAGAUUCCAAAGAUGCAUGCCAACUCCACCCUGAACUCAGGCGGCCGGAGCCUCAGCUUCAACUCCUUCAGGGACUACAUACCGGAGUGAGCCCCCACAUGGGCAGGGUGUGGGAGAGAACACUGCCCCGUAGCAGCCUGGAUUGGCAAUGGACAGGCUGCAGGCUGCUCACCUUCCCAGUCUAGAGAGCACUGUAUGUUGCAAGGGUGGGUCCUUUCAAGCAUCUGUAUUCCAGGAAGGUCACAAUGCAGAUCUGUGCUGGCUUCCUACAGGGAAUUAGCAAGAGGUGUGUGGCUCAGUGGGGUUGGUGCAUCAGCCAUUCACCUAUAAAGCCUAGGGGUUCACUUCCUUGUUUAGAUUCAGCAGUGAAAACUCAUUUGGGGGGGUCUCCCUCCUCGUCCUCAUCCCCAUUCUGUGCACAUCACAAACUGCCACCGAAUUUAACACAAUUGGCAGGCUACGCUCAGGAGAGGCUUGGGGUAACUGCAGGCUAGGACUGAGGUGCAGACCUGUGUGGGUGCCCACGCCAUGGUUACCAAGGUCUGCUGUAGUGUAAAAUGAGAUGCAUUGGUAGAAUUGGCAGGAAGCUUGCACAGCACAUGCUGUCAUUCUGCCUGGCUAUUGAUCUCUCCAUUCCAUGAACACGACAUCCACAAUUUAGGCCAAAUAAUGUACAUUGGAAUUGUCAAAGCAGGUCAGACCAAGGGUCCAGCCAGCCAUGUCUGCUAUCUCCACCGGUGGCCAACACUGGAUGCUUUGGUUACAUACAGUUGUUGGUGUAUGGAUGCCACUAGCCAGGAAAGUAGCCAGAUCCUGCUUCGGCAAACUUCUUCAAAGUGUUUCCAGCAUUCCCUGCCCCCACCCCAUUUCCCACACUUACUUAGGACCUAAUUCUGCACCCAUCAAAAUCAAUGGCAAAGUUCUCAUUGAUAGCAGUGGUGCAGAAUGAAGCCCUUAGUGCCUUGGAGGUCACACCACUGUGACCCCACCAGCUCAGUUUGACUCUCAAAGACUUGCACACAAACACUCAGCACUGAAUGUUUCACUCCACCUGCAGCCUGCUCAGAUCCUCUGAGUGACUACUUUGGUGGGCAUGGGGAGCCUACUGACACAGAGUUCAAGUGGCCGUAUUGAAAGAGCCUUAUUUCUGACUGUUAUAAAUGUCUUAGAUGUAUGUCUCUAGCUCAGAUGAUGGAGAAACUAUUAAAGGACCGUGUUUUCCCUCUUACAGCUCUCUAGACUUUUUAUUCACUUUUUUACCCUGAGGAAAAUAAAUCAAGUUGAGAAAAGAAGAACAAAAUCUGUGUGAAAAGUGCCUGCCCCCAAAUGGAUUCAAAAUUUAAAGGAGUGCCAUCAGUUUGAAAUUGAGUUGAUUUCAAAAUAGAAAUUAAAAGCAGUUUGGUGCCCUACCCCUGCCUACCUGUCAAUCUGUGUGGUUUUUCAAUACUAUUUCUCUGUUAGUGUUUGCAAUUUUUGUCUUUCUCAUAGCUGUCCUGAAAGAUUCACAGAAACCGGGGAAACUGACUAGCAGCUAUACAGGAAACCAGUGAAAUGGACUAUGCACAAAGUGAAAUAAACUGAGAAGACCAACACUUUCCUGGAAUCUCUUUCACUUGAAGUGUUCUUAGGUGUCACUUUUAACAAUGACAAGGGACAACUGUGAGACAGAAAUGAGAUUUUCAAGUUGGCAAUAUCCCUGUAAGAGUUGCAUGAUGGGAAUCCUGCUGUCGCUCUCCAUAGGGCUGGGGGCAAGGCAUUCUGAUAGUAAGGUGUGUGUGCUACAAAGACACAGACGCAGGGCUGGCUCCAGGCACCAGCUUAGCAAGCAGGUGCUUGGGGCAGCCAAUUCAAAGGGGCGGCACUC